GACGUCGUUUUCGCCUCACACUCAUCUGAGAUUCUGAAUAAUUCCCCCCACGCCCAGCUCCCUCUUUCUCUUUCCCUCUCCCGCUUCCGCGGCUGCCGUCAGUUCUGCAAUCUGCUUCCCGGCGAAGUCGAGCCGACCUCGACCGUCAACCGUCACCGGCCGUGCGGCAACCAGCGGAGUAGAAGAAAGAUGAGAUUUCAACAAUUUCUCAGCCAAAGCCAAUGGCCCGCCUUUCUUCGAAGAAAAGCCUUCUAUGCUGAUGGUAGCAGAACUCUGAGCCUAAGGAAGUUAGACUUUAAGCAGUUAUUCUCUUCGUACAGAGACGAGCCAGAGCUCAAGGACUUCGUUGAUUACUUGGACUCUCUCAAGAACUACGAGAAGUCAGGUGUCCCCAAGGACGCUGGUACAGAUUCAGACGAAGGAUUUGAUCUUGGUCGCAUGCGGCGACUUAUGGAUCGUCUGGGGAAUCCGCACGCCAAGUUUAAGGCCAUUCACAUUGCCGGGACCAAAGGAAAAGGAUCAACUGCGGCCUUCCUCUCCAACAUCUUACGGGCAGAAGGCUAUUCCGUUGGUUGUUACACUAGCCCACAUAUCAUGACCAUACGGGAGCGCAUGUCGAUGGGAAAAUUUGGUGAGCCGGUCUCAGCAAUGGUGUUAAAUUGUCAUUUUCAUCAGAUCAGGCAGAAGCUUGAUGAGGCUAUCCGACUAGAAAAUGGAUGUUUGAGUCAUUUUGAGGUUCUUACUGCCUUUGCAUUCUCCUUGUUUGCUCAAGAGAACAUUAACAUUGCAGUUAUUGAGGCUGGUCUUGGAGGUGCUCGAGAUGCUACAAAUAUAAUUUGUAGUUCUGGACUUGCUGCAUCAGUCAUAACUAGUAUAGGUGAGGAACAUUUGAUGGCACUGGGGGGUUCUCUAGAAAGCAUUGCAAUGGCAAAGGCUGGAAUAAUUAAACAUGGUCGUCCAUUAGUUCUGGGUGGGCCAUUUCUUCCUCACAUUGAGCGUAUUCUUCGCAAUAAAGCAUCAUUGAUGCAUUCUCCUGUAGUAUCUGCAUCUGAUUCUGGAAUCCGAACUAUCAUUAAAGGCCUUAGCAUGUGUAAUGGUAGACUUUGCCAGUUGUGUGACAUAAUGAUUCAAGUCGAGAAGGAUUUCCAGCUGUUCAUUGAGAUAUCUGACUUGAAAAUGCACAUGCUUGGAAGUCACCAACUCCAAAAUGCAGCUACUGCAGCAUGUGCAGCAUUGUGCCUCCGCAACCAAGGAUGGAGAAUUUCAGAUGGAUCUAUUAGAUUUGGUUUGGAGAACACAUACUUGCUUGGAAGAAGUCAAUUUCUAGCAUCCAAAGAAGCUGAAGUAUUAGGACUUCCUGGAGCUACAAUACUGCUUGAUGGAGCCCACACUAAAGAGUCUGCAAAAGCUUUGGUGGACACAGUACGGAUGACAUUUCCAAAGGCACGAAUGGUCCUUGUGGUUGCAAUGGCUAGUGACAAAGACCAUUUGGAAUUUGCAAGACAAUUUUUGUUAGAUAAACGAUUAGAGGCCGUCUUCCUAACAGAAGCUGACAUCGCUGGAGGGAAGUCCCGAACGACUACAGCAUCCUUGUUAAGAGAUUACUGGCUACAAGCUUCUGGAGAGUUGGGCAUCAAUCCCCUCCAUGAUGGAAUGGCAGAAUACCAACAACUGUUGAAGAAUCAAUUUAUCUAUCCCGACAAGGAACUGGAAGGCAGAAUCAUAUUGUUAACUGAGAAAUCAUUGGAGCAUUCCUUGAGAGUUGCAAAUGACUUUCUUGAAGGAAGAACAAAAAAUCAGUCACGUGUUCUCGUGGUGACUGGAUCGCUGCACAUUGUAUCAUCAGUGUUAGCUCGUCUCCGAGGGUAAAAUGUUCUGCAAUUGUUGCUGAUCCCCCCAUACCACCUCAAUUAGUAGUUAGGAGUCAAAACUGCAUUUAUCUUUCUGCAAUUUGUUAGUUCUUCUCAAUCAAAGUUGGCUAAUCGAACACGAAUUGAACCCUGUUCUGUCGGGUUGACGUAACAGAGAUGAGAAAUCCACUUGCACCCAUCAGCACGGAAAUAGCUGAUUAUAGGUGCUCUGGAAUUAUUAUUAUUAGCAUUUAAUGUUACUAUUAAAAAGCAAAUAGAAUUAUUAUCCGACUAUUAUGUGCGUUC